ACUGCCCAGCUGCUUGCUUCUCCUUGAAUUGUCGUUUGUACAAAGCAAGUCUACCCCCAUGAGCAGUCAGCCAAAAACAUGCAUGGAAAGUAGCAGAUACAGAAUGAGUGGAGCUCCUGGUCAUCAGCGUGUGGCCCCUUGCUGUCCCAGAGAGGCAGGGCCUAGAGACGUCUCCAAACAUGUCAGCACGGUGGGGUGGACAACACAACCCACCCUGCCCUCUGCACCGAUCACAAGAUCAACAAGGACAAAGCUGUUUUUCUCCUCGACCCCCACACCAUACUGCUGGCCCCAGCCGAGACAAAUCCACCCUGGACAGGAGGGAACCGUUCCGCAGGUGUGUUCUGCCGUGGAUCCUGUCAUAUAUCCAUAUUCGAUACUCAUCUUUUAAACCUGAAGCCACCCUUGACUCGAGCAGCCAUGGUCACUCCGCUGUCCUCCAUACUGGGCUACCUCUACCCUCUGAGUCUCCUGGCUGUGCUGCAGCCAGGUUGGAGCCAGGGCAGUCCCAUCUUGUCCCCUGAGGAGCCCCGACCGGGCCCUGCGGCCAGGGGUCAGUUGGAUGUCUCCACGUUUGAGCCGGACCAUGCCCUGAACGUACUAGACUUUCCGGGUCAGUUUCAGUCCAUGUUGAACCUCACUGAGCUUGGGUCACGGGCAAGGCCCCGUGCGGCCAUUAAAGAGCCACCAGAAUACAUGCUGGAUCUGUACCACCGCUUUGCCAACGAUCGUACGGCCGUCCCCUCUGCCAACGUGGUGCGUAGUUUCAAGAAUGAAGAUUCCUCCCCCUACAGUGUGACGUUGGGGGGUAUGAGGACACACCCCCUGCUCUUCAAUGUCUCCAUCCCCCACCACGAGCACAUCGUCACUGCCGAGCUCCGCCUCUAUGCCCUGGUGCAGAGGGACCGCAGACGCUACGCUGGCCUCGACCGCAAGGUGACCAUCUAUAAGAGACGCCAGGGGGGCAGUGAGUGGAACCAAUCAGGGAGGGACGGGUCAAGGAACCAGCAGGAGAUGUCAGACGUUGAGGAGCUGGAGGAGCUGGCAACCCGCCACAUCUAUGGUAAAGACGACGUCUGGGUUACCUUCGACCUGACCCACCAGGUCAACCUUUGGCGGAGGGCAGAGAGCACCACCCAUCGACUCGAGGUCCACAUUACAAGUCUGGGGCCUGACGGUGCAAAGGCCGUCCCAGAGGUCGGGGAAGAGGACGAAAGGAAUGUGGUUGAUGUGGACAUUGACUUGGGCUCCAAAGGUAAACACACGCCAGUGUUAAUCGUGUUUUCGGAUGAUCAGAGAAAAUACCAUCGCGAGGAGGAGCAGCAGAAGCUCAACCAGAUGAUGGAUCAUGAGAACGACCUGCCAGCCGAGCUGGAGUCGGGUCCACCGGGGACCUGGAGGGAACAGGCCGGCAGCCAUGCUGUGACUGCUGACGGGGACGAGCUGAAUGAGGAGACACUGAUGCAGCUUCAAUCCAACCAAAUUUAUGACACGCCUUCCCGAAUCCGCCGCUCUGCCAAGGGUGACCCGUGUAAGAGGACCCCUCUGCGUGUGGAGUUUAAGGACAUUGGCUGGGACUCAUGGAUCAUACAGCCCCUGGGCUAUGAAGCCUAUGGGUGCAAUGGAGUAUGCAACUUCCCGAUGACCUCUGAGGUGUCCCCUACCAAGCACGCUAUCGUUCAGACUCAGCUGAGCAGUAAGAUUCCACAGGUGUCACCAGCCUGCUGUGUUCCCACCAAGCUGGACUCCAUCCCUCUGCUUUACGAGGACGGAGGCGUGGUCACCUACAAGUACAAGUAUGAGGGCAUGGUGGUGGUGGAGUGUGGCUGUAGAUAGUCGUAGAACUGACUGAAG